UAGGAUUUAAGCAUAUACCCACCACGACUUGGCGCGUCUUCCCCAACCGGGCUUCAUGCGCGGCAAAGUAACCCUUUGCCGGGCACUCCCCGCAUUACGGAGAAUUGCUGUCCGUGCAGGUACGCAAAAUCCCUUGAAACAUCAUGUCAUUAAUAUACCCACAACAACGGAACAAUAUACCAGGCCCCAAACGGCCGCAUGGCAUGGACGAUCAAUUUCCAGUGCUAGGAUGAGCUAUGGUACCGAGGCCAAUGUGAACGGUCGAGACAAUGAGGUGGUUCAUGGAGUGGAGACGGUGUGACAGUGCCUUGCAAGUAUGGUUGGUAGUUCUGAUGCUGGUAUGAACAUAUAAGUAUCCUGUCGAUAGCCCUCUUUAAGGCCUCACUCCACACAGCCAAGCUUCUCUUCCAAACAACACAAGCUUCCUAUCCCUCACAUCAGCAACCAUGCGUUUCACUCCUACCGACCUCAGCCUUCCCGCUGCUGCGAUCGCCUUCUUGGCAUCGACUGCUUCAGCCCAGAGCUGCCAGCUUCCCACCAGCUACAAGUGGACUUCUUCCAACGCGCUUGCUCAGCCCAAGGCAGGAUGGGCCAACCUCAAGGACUUCACCACCCAGAUGGUUAACGGCAAGCACCUCGUCUACGCCACCAACCACGACACUGGCAGCAACUACGGCUCCAUGAACUUCGGUCUCGUCUCCAACUUCAACGAGUUGGCAUCUGCUCCCCAGAACGCCAUGAGCCAGGGUCUCGUCGCCCCUACCCUCUUCUUCUUCAAGCCCAAGAACACCUGGGUUAUCGCCUACCAGUGGGGAGCUACCGCUUUCUCCUACAAGACUUCCUCCGACCCUACCAACGCCAACGGUUGGAGCGCGGCUAAGCCUCUCUUCUCCGGCAAGAUUACUGGCUCAAGCACUGGCCCAAUUGACCAGACCGUUAUCGGUGACGACAAGAACAUGUACCUGUUCUUCGCGGGUGACAACGGCAAGAUCUACCGUGCUAGCAUGCCCAUUGGCAACUUCCCAGGCGACUUCGGCACCGCCUCCACCGUCGUCAUGAGCGACAGCACCAACAACCUCUUCGAGGCUGUCCAGGUCUACACCGUCAAGGGAGGAACCACCGCCAAGUACCUCAUGAUUGUUGAGGCUGUUGGUUCUCAGGGACGUUACUUCCGCUCUUUCACUGCCUCCAGCCUCGGCGGCAACUGGACCCCCAACGCUGCUACCGAGAGCAACCCCUUCGCCGGCAAGGCCAACAGCGGUGCUACCUGGACCAACGACAUCUCUCACGGUGACUUGGUCAAGGUUACCAACGACCAGACCAUGACUGUCGACCCUUGCAACCUGCAGUUGUUGUACCAGGGCCGCAACCCCAACUCCGGUGGUGACUACGACCGUCUCCCCUACAGGCCCGGUCUCCUCACCCUCAAGAAGUAGAGUGGGACUACUUGACUUGCUAAAAGUCUUUCGUUGUACAUACAUUUGAGCUGGACGAUGUAUAUAGAUGGCCAGUUUGAUUUCUCUUCUUUUCCUUUGACCCAGAGGGUCUCUUUUAGCAACAAAUGAAUUUACAGGGCAUCUUUAG